AUGAAAGCGUUUCUUAUGCUCCAGCUAUGGAAUCCACCACCACGCUUCCACAGUCUCUCUCCUCCCUCUCUCUCCUCCCCCCUCCCUCUCUCAAUCUCCGCCUCCUCCUCAACCACCCAACAACAAGACCUCCUCACCGCGAAAGAGAGAAGGCGCCUAAGAAACGAGCGAAGAGAGAGCAAGAACACAACCAAUUGGAGGGAAGAAGUAGAAGAUACGCUCAGCAAGAAGACUAAGAAGGAGUUUAAGUCAUGGAUGGAUGAACUGAACCUUGAUAAUCUCAUGAAGUUGGGUCCUCAAUGGUGGAUCGUUCGUGUUUCGCGUGUUAAGGGUCAGUAUACUGCUGAAGCGCUUGCUCGUUCGUUGGCCAAGUUUUUCCCUGAUACGGACUUUAAGGUAUAUGCUCCAGCUAUCCGUGAAAAAAGGAAACUGAAGAAUGGUUCCAUCUCCGAAAAACCAAAGCCUCUGUUCGCGGGUUGUAUUUUUCUGAGAUGUGCAUUGAACAAACCAUUGCAUGACUUCAUAAAAGAGUAUGAUGGUGUUGGUGGCUUUAUUGGAUCCAAGGUUGGAAAUACAAAGAGAAUGAUUAAUAAACCAAAGCCAGUAUCUGAGUACGAUAUGGAAGCAAUCUUCAGACAGGCAAAAGUGGAGCAAGAAAAUGCUGACAAGGCAUUCGAGGAAGAACAAAAAAAAUCUGCUGAAAUCUCUGUGAAACCGAAUUCAGAGAUAGAAUCAGAUGUUUCAAAAGCUAUAGUUGAUUCUAAGCCUAAAAGAGGCUCUAGAAAAACCAACAAACUCGUAGUCACAGAAGAAGCUUCAUCUGCUAAAAAAACUGUUAAACUUACCACAGGUUCCACUGUUCAAAUUAUAUCUGGAUCAUUUUCAGGUUUUGAAGGCACCCUCAAGAAGCUGAGCCGCAAAACCAAAAUGGCGACGGUGCAUUUAACCAUAUUCGGGAAAGAGAAUAUAGUAAACUUAGAUGUUAGUGAAAUUGCUCUGGAGACUAACUAA